AUGCACUUCCUCCCCCUCCUCCGUGGCCACCACCACCACCUCUUCUUCCAGCAGCGCCGCGCCCUCUACGACUCCGUAGCCUCCAUAAAAUGCGUCCGGGACCGGGGCCUAGACCACGCAGUAGAACGGGAAAGGCACCUCAAACCCGUUAUCAACCUCAAAAACCUUAUAAUUUCCGAGCCCUCAAAGUCACUUCCACUCUCCAUAAUCGCCCAAUCCGAAGAAGCACUCCAAAUCCCUUUUCGAUCGAUUGAGUUUAUCCGAAAAUACCCCUCAAUUUUUCAAGAAUUUCAUCCGGGAAACCUUAAUAUCCACCCCCACAUCAAACUCACUCCAGCAACCCUCGCUUUGAAUUCUGAAGAAAAUUUACUGUACCAAAGUGUUAAUUACAAGCAAGAAAUCGCGGGACGUCUAUUGAAGUUGUUGAUGUUAUGUAGAGUAUAUAAAUUACCGAUUAGUUUGUUGGAAAGGCUGAAAUGGGAACUGGGUUUGCCUGGGGACUACGAGAAAUUUGUAAUUCCCGAGUUCCCGGAUUAUUUUCGGGUGAUUAGUGGGAAUAGUUUUGAAAAUGGAAAGAUGCUUGAGUUGGUUUGUUGGAAUGAUAAGCUUGCAGUUUCAGAGAUGGAAAGGAAGGCAGUGAAAAAUGGGAAGAAUGAAUUCUGUUUAAAGCAUUCAAAUGGGUUUGAGAUGGAUAAGAAGUAUAAGAAGUGGGUAGAUGAGUGGCAGAAGUUGCCAUAUGUAUCGCCAUACGAGAAUGCAAUGCAUUUGGUGGCAAAAAGUGAUGAGGCGGACAAGUGGGCGGUGGCGGUGUUGCAUGAAGUGCUUAGUCUUUUUGUUGGGAAGAAGGCAGAGAAGGAGAAUUUGCUUUAUUUGGGGGAGUUUUUAGGGUUGAGAUCGAGGUUUAAGAGUACCUUACUGCAUCAUCCAGGCAUUUUCUAUGUGUCGAGUAAGAUCAGGACACAUACAGUUGUUUUGAAGGAGGCGUAUAAGAGGGGAAUGUUGAUUGAGAGGCAUCCUUUGAUGCAAUUAAGGUUUAAGUAUGCUCACUUGAUGAACGCUAUGAAAGAGGAGAACAAAACCAAAAUUGAUCAGCAAAAAACUGGUAGUGAUUUGAAGAGUGGUGAAGGGGAAGUUGAGGGUGAUGAAAGUGGGGAGGAAGAAAAUGAAGAGAUAUGUGACUUAUCUGAUGAUUACGAGGAGGAGGAGGAGGAGGAGGAGGCUGAGAGUGCAAAUAAGAGAGGAAGGUCGAGUCGGAUGGCUGCGAAAUUUGGAGAGGACAACGGUAAAAGGGGUGUGGUAAGGAGGCUAGACGGAAGAAAUUCCGGAGGAACUGUCGGUAGAAGUUCAACUAGAUUCUCUGGAAGAACAAAUAAUCGUGAUGAUCGGGUUUCCCCUAGAAGAUCCCCAAAAAGAUUAGAUUUAUCAGGAAAUAGGGCGAGGUCUAAAAGAGAAAGGAGGACUCCCACAUAG